AUGGUCCCCUGUACGGCCUCCCAUUGCUGCUGUCUCCAUCGCCACACUCUGCCAUGUGCCACUUUCAGGUCUCCUCACACUCCUGCUGGUUUCCAUUUUGUCAUAGGUUGCUGUAUGGCCUCCCAUUGCUGCUGCUGCCUCCACCGCCACACUGUGGCUCCAAACACUGGUUUUGGCCCCGUGACUGGCCAAAUGAGUGAAAUGUGCGGUGAUUCUAAGAUCGACGGCACUCAUCUGCAUGUCAUACUGACUGACAGUAUUAUUUCUCUUCCCCAGCAGACUCCAAGGGCAUUUAAAUUAAAGGUACAGUGUUCUGCACUAAUAUUA